UUUGGAUUUUACAAGUAGAAAAGAGUUUGUAUUAUCCAUAAUUCUUACUGUAAUAUUGAUAUUCUCAAAACCACUAGCACCGGCAGAAUUUCAUAUUCUGAGUUUUGUAUUUUCUUAAACUAUAUCAAAUGUAAAAAUGUCUGGGUCUGGAAGGUUACCAGGUUUGUCAUGCAUAUUUUACAUGACUCAGGAUGUCUGUAAUGCACGAUCUGGCAUCACAUAUUUUCAGAGGCCUUCCUGAUGCCUAUUCCCCAUGACAAAUGCCCUCCCCGCGUAGCACAAACCGGGCUCCUAUUGCUGGUCAUGCAAUACAGAUUUUUUUAGAGUCCAGAACUAGCAUCACAAGUUCCAACCUUCCAGACCCAGACAUUUUUACAUUUGAUAAACUACGAAUCGCCAAGAGCAAGACCACCGCUCGGUCAAGAGAAAAUAUUCACUGUUUGAUAUUUACAGCGACCUGUGCCUUUAAGAUUCAUACGAAAUUUUCUUGUUAGUUGAAAAGCAAGAGUGCAGCUACUCGUUCAAUGGAAAGAACAAGCAGCACAAGAAAGAGUUAUAAUAUCACUUUUUCUCGGCUCGCACGCGCACGCUCUGUUGUACUUGUAACAUCUUCUCGUGGUCUUCCUACCGCUCGGAUUCUGCCCCCUACUUCCGGCCAUGACAACUUCUGUUGAGGCCGCUGAUAGUACAAGGAACAACAACACCGAGCAAGAACUACCAGUAGAUCAAUCUAGCGCUCUCUACGUCUCUAAAUCUAUCGCCCAGGAAAACAAGCUUUCUCAGCGCAGUUCGGAGCCCACCACUGGUACCCCCAGCACGGUUGGCAACGACAUUUUGCUGUCUCGCGAGCAGCAGAGCUCGUCCACGAACUCCGGAGCCGAGGAUUCCAUGUCCUCCGCGACCGCCGCCGGCUCCACCCCGGCAGCCAUGAAGCUGCAAGCCGACACUUCUGAUCUGACCCCGACGACGGUCGCUCAUGGGGAUGUUGCGGGUGCUGGUGACAUCACGCCCGUUACACCCGCGCCGAAGGCAGAGCAGGGGAAGAAGGCGGAAGAGGAGGAGGAGGAGGAAUUCUUGGUGUGCGAAGAAAUUCCGGAACCAGGUAUUGAAAUUUUUGAGGUGCUAUAAUCCGCUUCUUGAAUUACGUGCUGUUUCAUUUUGCCAACAACGACAAGGUGAUACCUUGGAGCAUGAAAAUCUUCACACUACAUUUUUCCUAAAUCCUAUAUCCCCAAGACCCGCGGAACAAGACAUUUACAGACACCGGAAAAGUUAGUAGAUCUUUAUUUGGAACCGAACUGAAAGGAAAUCUAAAUCUUCAGCAACGUGCUACACGACAUCACUCUUCAGGUAUGCGCAACAUCCCGUUGAUCAACGGUGUGGCGCAAGUUCGGGACGAAGACCUGGUCGGGGACGGCUCCGGCGACCAAAACAUCUCCACCAUUUCCGCGGAUGAGGUCCGGGAGGAACUGAACCGCAUCAAGAUGCGCCUUCCCAAGCUGAAAUUCGAACUGGAGACCCCGGAGCACAUAUGA